UUUACCUCGAUUUUAUGGUAGACCAAAACUACACAAACCGAACAUCCCCUUACGACCAAUCGUUUCGCUUCCAGGAACACCAACAUAUAAUCUAUCUAGAGAACUUUUCAGGAAGUUAAAUUACCUAACAGAAUCAUGCGACCAUUCUAUCAAUUCGUCAAUUCAAUUUCUAGAGAAAAUCAAAAACAUUCAGGUAGAAGACAAUGAAAUAAUGGUGUCCUUUGAUGUCACAGCAUUAUAUACUUCGAUUAGUCCAAAACUAGCAACAGAAACUAUGCAACGAUUACUCUAUAGUGAUGAAAACAUAAAAACGCAAUGUUCAACUUGGAUAGAACUCAUAAAAUUAUGCCUUACAACAUACUUUCAAUUUAAUACUCAAAUAUAUGAGCAAAUAAAGGGAGCACCAAUGGGAUCGCCCAUAUCAGGAUUAAUAGCUGAAGCCGUUAUGCAAAGAUUAGAAUUAAUAGCUCUACCUAUAAUUAAACCGAAAAUCUGGGUACGUUACGUUGAUGAUACAUUUGUAAUAAUUAAGAGAAAUGAUUUAGAAUAUACCCAUAAAUUAAUAAACAACAUAUUUGAAGACAUCAAAUUCACAAGAGAAGAAGAGUUAGAUAACAAAAUCCCAUUUUUAGAUGUCUUAAUCAGGAGAACCAACACAGGAAAUUUAGAAACACAAGUAUACAGAAAGUCAACGCACACAGAUCAAAUACUCAACUAUACUAGCAACAAUCCAAUUACUCACAAAAGAAACUGUGUGCAGACAUUGUUUAGAAGAAUUCAAACACAUUGUAGCACACCAGAGUUGAAAAGAAUGGAAGAAAGAUACUUACAAACGGUGUUCAAGAAGAAUGGUUAUCCAAAAAAUUUCAUCAAAAAGUGUUUAAAAUCGAAUGAAAGCACCAACAAAGAACCAUCACCAAAGACCAAAAAGCAAUUCAUCCUACCAUAUAUCAGAAACAUCUCUGAAAUAACGGCUAGAAUAAUGAAACCGUUUGAUAUAGAUGUAGCACACAAACCAGCUGAAUCGCUUAAUUCUAUCUUAUGCAAACCAAAAGAUCCGAUAGAAAAGGGAGAUAAAAUUAACACCAUUUACAAAAUAAAUUGUGUGAACUGUAACAAACAUUACAUCGGCCAAAGUGGGCGUCCCCUUCGAAUAAGAAUCCAGGAACACAAAUCAGCCGUGAAAAGACAUGAUAUAAAUUCUUUAGUAUCAAUACAUUCAGACGAUCAUGGACAUCAAUUUGAUUGGGAUAAUGUCAAAAUCUUAAACAGAGGAAACACCAAAUGUGCCAGAGAAUUCCUAGAAGCCUGGUACUCAAAUGAAAACGCAAUUAAUAAACACGUUAAUAUAGAUGAAAUAUACCAACUAAUAAGAAGUAAAUCAGGUGAUCAGAAAGUUUAAAAUCCCAAUCAAUAGAAAACGGUCAAUAAAUAUCUAAAGAUGGUUACCGGGAGACUCAUGAAGAAAUUUAAAUCAUUUCACUUUAUCCUAAAUACUGCGCUGAAGAUGUCGUCCAGAAAGACGAUGAAAGCUCCGCAAUUAAACCAAGGAGCUCAGAGAACACUAUCAAUUCCAAA